AUGGACGUCCGUAUCGAAUGUUUCCCUGGACGUGCUGCCGUGUUGGACGGCGUGCAAUGGCAAGUCGAUUAUCUCGAGGCCAUCCAGGAUCCCUUGGACUUCACUAUACCGCCUCGAUUUAUUCUUCACCUCAGACGAGGGACAACAAAGGGCUCAAGGGGCGAGCAUACACUUGGUCCAACCAAGCAUGGUAUUGUGCGUAUGCUGCCUUUGGCAUCUCGACAACGAGUCCACAAACCUUUGGCUCCAGGCAUGACGUUCGAGGCUCGCUUGCGUGGGCGUGAGCUCUAUGGGCCUUUUCAAAUCGAAGUCCAGAAAGAUGGCCAACUGGUAGCUCAAAACGUCUUGAACGGGUUCUGUCUCGUUAGAUUCGCUAUCGCACCCAGCGAGAUCGCCUCGUCGUAUGUGAGGGUCAAUUGUCCCGACUUUGGUGGUUGCUUCGAUAUCGAUGCUUUUCUUUACUGCGAGGACAAGCUUCGAUGUCGGGCUACCAGUGUCAAAGCCAUCAAAGCGAUGAGAUUUCCCACGAGCAAUCGCGAUCCUAUGCUCGGGACACUAUCACGAGGUCCAGUGCCUCUUCUCACCAACGGGAUGGACCAUCUUGUUGUGUUCGAGAAGUUCAUCCGAGAGUGUACAGUCCCUUCUCCAAAGAGCCCGCGGCAACGGCGAUUGACAAUACUCAACCUGUCGAUGUGCGAUCAAGGCGACGCCAAGAUUGUAGUCGACGCGAUGGUAGACUUUCGAAAGCACAAUCCAGAUUCGAUCAUGUCUGUCGUGGUAUCAAAACUCGGACCCACGAUUUAUCAGGAUACGCCAGCUUGCAUGGAAUAUGUCAAGCUGCUGGGGCACAAUCGUAUUCAUAUCGACAUGUUCACUGGCGUUGACGGUCCAACACGUCAAGUCGUGCACGCCAAAGCGAUAGUCAUCGACGACAGGACACUCUUCAGCACCGGGGCCAUCGUAGAUACCAAACCAAUUAACAAGGCCGAUUUCUCCAUCGAGCUUCCGCCCACGGCAGCAAAAGCUUUUCAGGUCUACAUGCAAGAAGCCAUCGUCGGUAGUGUGAGAAAUGAGCGUCGCGCUCAUCUUGGAUCACAGCUCGCUAGUCUUGGCGUUAUAAUAAACGACCCCGUCGCGAGUUUGACUUACAUCAGUCGCGCGCAGCAUACAUUACUGCGCGGUGCUCGUCGCGAUCUGCUCGUUAGCGUCUCCGAACUUGUUGAUCCGCAAAUCACGAAACUCCUGGUGAGACGGGUAGCCAACGGCGUGACGGUGACGAUUCAAGCCCGUGAAAUAGACGCUGUCUCAUCAAGAAUUCUUGCCCAAGCGACACGGCGCUACGGGAAGCGGCUGUCAGUGGAAGAUGUCAGCUGGUGGGAGCCGCGUCCCCAUUACAACGCGAUCAUUGCAGACGAUAGUCUCGCGUAUCUGGGCACAUCGUAUUUCUGGCCAACACAAAGAAACAUGAUUCAUCAAGGGCGAUCGCUUGAAAAUGGGGUUCUGCUUGAAGGGGAGGCUGUCAAGGUUUUGAGGGAGCAACUGGAUGAAUUGCGCGAUCGAGCGUAUAGAGUUAGUGAAAAAGGAGACAGCGAUGCAGCGUAG